AUCAGAAGAAACUUCAAAUGUGUGGGCCAUAACCUGCAAAUUUUAUUAAAAAAUUAUUUUCAGCGAUUUAAUAAUGGCAUUACAGCCGGCAAGUAAAGCGUUUAUGUUACUAGGAGUGUGUGUACCGAGUUUGAAACGGGGCGCCUCCAAAUUCAAGAUCAAAAGGAUGGAAUUAGAUCAAAACCUUAACAUGUAUUUCUCCAAACACGAACUGCUCUACGCCCAUGAUCCUGACAUGGUAUGCAAAACUGGCGACGUCGUCCUAAUAGAGCAACUUCCAAAAAAAAUGACGCGCCUCAUAACGCACAGAGUAAAAGAAGUGAUUUAUCCAAUGGGAGACAUGACCUGCCCUCUAACAGGCAAGAAGAUCGUUGCCAGCAGAUAUCGGGAGAAUAUUCACGAAGUGAACAAAGUAUAUGGUGUGAGACCUGGCGCGUUCAACUACGAUAAGGCACCAGCUAGAGGCUGGCAAGAAGACAAGAAAGACUUCACGCAUCGCGAGACCUACAUUAAAUACCACGACGAUGGUACAGACCAACCAUAUGCCGUAUAAUGUAAUGUGUAGCUGAUACCUCGUAGUUAAUAGAACCUUUUAUUUACAUGAAA